UUUGAUUAGACGGAGUACAAGUGAGCGGAAAAUCACCGAAGCUUAAGACCAGAUGAAAGACCAGCAGCAACCUCAACUUCAGCUCCAGCCCCAGCUGGAGAGUCAAAAUGUUCAGCACCAACUCCCCGCAACACAGAUAAAGCAAAACAACAAGUUGAUCUACCUUAUCAGCGUAUUGUUUCUGCUAGUUCUCACGAGUCUUGUCUACUUUCUGCUGCUCAUAACCCACACACCGACAAAAGCGAGCACAACACUCCGCAUACUCGAUCGCAGCGAAUGGAAGGGGGAACCACCCUCCGGCCCUCGAGCACAUCUUGCCACACCGGUACCAAACGUUAUGAUUUGCCACACGGCCACCGAGGGCUGUGAAACCGAGGAUGUUUGUAUCUAUCGAACGCGCGUCAUUCAAAACUUUCACAUGCAAUCCCUGGGCUUUUACGAUAUUGGGUACAAUUUCUUGGUCGGCGGCGAUGGGCAGGUUUAUGUGGGACGUGGCUGGCACAUUCAAGGUCAACAUGUGAAGGGCUACGGCGCCGUUUCUGUGGGCAUUGCCUUCAUCGGCACCUUCACAAAGGAGGCGCCGUCGGCACGUCAAGUAGAGGCUUCCAAGCAACUGAUGGAGGAGGGUGUCCGUCUACACAAGCUGCACGCCGAUUAUCGCAUCUACGCACACCGGCAGCUCAGCCCCACCGAGAGUCCCGGACUAAAGCUAUACGAACUGAUGCAGCAAUGGCCGCGCUGGACCGAAGAUGUGGGACCUCUUCGUCGGCUCAACAAUGAGACGCUGAAGUUUGUGCCACGCGAUUACUGGUUGGCGCAGCCCGCCCAGCAGCCUCUGAAAUCCCUCGAGCUGCCCAGCCAGCGAGUGCAGUUCAUUUCCACCAAAUCUGAGCCUUGUGUGACUCAGGCAUCGUGCACCUUUCGAGUGCGCUUAUUGCAAACCUUUCAUAUCGAGGCCGAUAACGUACCGGAUAUUAAUUACAACUUUGUUAUUGGGGGCGAUAGCAAUGUCUACGUGGGCAGGGGUUGGCAAUAUGGAACCGAUGCGGUGGGGAAAACUAAAGAAUUUGAUGGACUAGUCGUUGGCUUUGUGGGUCAAGGACAAGGUAGUCCUGAACAAAUGGAAAUCGCUCGUGCACUUCUAGCACAGGGCGUACGACUGGGACAACUAGCCGAAAAUUAUGAGUUGAAAAAUAAUCUGGAGACGACGCCUUAGUCUGCUAUUCAUGGAAAUAGCUUGUGCCAUGCCAACUGCUGUAAUGAUAUCAAUUACUUUUAAGGAAUAACAAUUAAUUUUCUAUCGAAAUAAACAUGGCUUUAUGUAUAGAGUUUCAACAA